GGGUCCUGGAUUGGGCGUUUGUGAGAAGAUGGCAGCGACCAGCAAAGCGCAGGUGUUAUCGCUGUAUCGACUGCUGUUAAAGGAGAGCAAGGCUUUCCCCUCCUAUAAUUACAGGACGUAUGCCCUGCGCAGAGUGCGAGACGCGUUCAGGGAGAACCAGGGUGUGGAGGACCCAAAAGCCGUGGAGCAGCUGCUGCAGAAAGCGCGUGAAAACCUGGACAUCAUCCGGAGACAGGUGUCCAUAGGAAAAAUGUAUGCGGCUCAGCGGACGGUCGUGGAGUCCACGCAGAAGAAGUUCGUCUGACAGGGUGUGGGGGACGCUCACAGAGCGACGUGUGGCGAUGGUUCCACAGCUCGGGGGAGCCAGGGAGGAACCAGCUUGUCUGCAUUUCCCCUGAUUUUCACACUGCCUACACCAGGAUGUAGGCUGGGUGACUGCGAUGGGGUGUAGGUUUGGUGUCCUUGAUGACUCAUUGUCAUGAUUUGUAGACUUCCUGUCCCCAGAUUACCCCUCACCUCUACAGCCUCCUAACGUUCACAUUGUAAUGUGCGGACAUGCAUCCCUUCACUGAACCGAUUUAUCCCACAGCCUACUUUUGUAACCCACUCUUACAAACCCGUUUAAAAUUAUUUUUGUGUGUGCUUGUGUGUUUCAAUAAAGGUAUGUGCACUUCA